GCAAGAUAAGCAAAGAUUUGGGUAAAAUGUUUUCUCGCAAUCAGUGAACAAGCAAGAAACAACAAAAUUGGAAGUGAACUACAUAAAGGAAAGUGGAAAUUAACUGAACCAGUUCGACCCAGUGCCGUGAUCUAUCAAUCUGGGGUCUAAGCUAAUAACAAAGGUACGUAUUUCUAAAUAUAAUUGUCCAAUAUUUUGCUCUGUUUUUGGUAGACACGCCCAUCGGAGUCUCCUAUUGGAUAACCACUACGAGUAGCAUUUCACCCUUAUGUCAACUUUACUUAGCAACCGAAAUCGUCUGAGGGAGCGUCUGGGAAAGCAGGGGGAAGCCAAGCGAAGCUAACGUUUUAGUAGCUAGUAGACUCUCUGCCUGGCAGUCGCUCCGUCAAACGCCGUCGAUCUCUCCCAGCGUGUGGACGUGUGCCUAACUAUAUCAACGCGUGGUCGCGAGUUGUCAGUGAAUUUGUGUUUGAAGUAAUCUUGUGUUCAACCAUCGUCGAGACAAUGGCAGUGCCCUUCGUCAUGCCCGAAGAUGAGAAUGAAGUGGAAGUUAUCAUCAUUCAACUUCAGUCACUUCUUACGAAACUCCAAGCUGCUCUCAGAAGAUCAAGAGGUCCUCCACCCCCAAGAACAUCUUUACCUACUAGAAACCGAACCAGUGCAGGUUCGAGUCGAUCUCCAACCCAAGAUCAGGGAACGUCUACAUCUGCAUCUGCCCCUUCCACACAGAUCCCAGAUCUUCUCAAUAAUCUGGCAUUGCUCGCUGCCGCCAGUCAAGAAAUCGUUCAAUCCAAUCAGCCGGAGGGAGCUCCCCAGGUUGCUGCCAGUGCCACUUUCAGAUCAACCCGGAGAAGAACAAACUCAGAAUCAUCUUGUUGCGAGGAAUCAAAGGUGUCCAUAACAACCGCCAAUCGUAAUGGUGUACAAGAUUGGAACCAGGUGAACGAGCCAGAAAUAUCCUCCGCUAAGACCCUCAGCAGUGAGAGUAUAUUCUCCAAAUUUGUACCAGGUCCUGUCUCAGCGCCUUUGUGGACCGCCAUGAUCUGUUUCGUCGGCUGGCAUCUCUUUGGGACCCGAUAACUGCGUUACCGUGUCCCACCCGUACUUUAUCCAAAGCAAAAGUGAUCGAUAAUCGAUAGUUUUAUGAAAUGUAGAGGUAUGCUCCCUAUAUUCCUAUAUUAUGUUUGCUUUAUUACUGUUUUUUCAUAUUAUAUACUUUCGGUGUGUUUUUAUUGAAUAUAUAGUAGUUUAUAUAUUAUAUUCACAAUCUGAGUGUAUUAGAUUUAGAAAUAAAUUUACCUUGAAAAGGU